UCAGGAAGUGACAACUUGUGUACUACUAUUUAUAUGAUCACUGAUUGGCCAAUCAGUGAUCACAUGAAUUGGGACCUCACACAGAGGUCCCAUACAGCGAUCUGUGUUCUGCUGUGUCUGGAGGACACAGCGGGCACCAAUCGCGGUGCUGCGCACUCCCAGGCAUCACGUACAGUGAUGUGUGAAUCUUCAGAGAAUCUUACAAUUCAAGAAUCAUGAUCACCUGGAUUCAAUACACACAGUAUAGAGCUGGAAACUGAUGGUCGUUACCAACACACUCCAUGAUAGAUGAAACAAAAAGCAUGGGUGAUAGAAAGAAACGU